UGCAUGCUAUUAUGCGCAUGCUUGAAAGAUACACCCACUCAAUAGUAGGUAGAUCUAGUGGGCGUGGUUCAACAAGCUCUCAAGAUGACAACUCUCCUUCCAUCAUGGCUCUGUCGCUGUUCUCAUCACCACAGACUGGGUUUCCCAAGCAGACUCAAUAGUGCCUCCACUGGACUAUGGACAAACCAAGUGAAGAACAACGUCUCCACAGUUGCUCGAGUUCACCUUUGUGCAACAAAUACUUUAAUGCUACCAAACAAUGCGAGGCCAUUUUUCAGACAUCAAUGUCACCCUACUGGUGCAACUCAAAACUCAUCCAUAUAUUUUCCACAUUCGAUACGAACAUCUUUGUCAAGGUCUUAUUCAACUUUUGAUGAUAGCAAUAAUAGCGAUGGACACACUCGCAUGAAUGAAUCAAAGGUGGAGGAGGAGCUAGCUACAUCACGAGUGAAGGAGAUACUCAGAGGUGUAUACAAUGGUGAAAAAGCAAAACUGGCCGAAGCAAUCACAUUAGUGGAGUCAAAACACCCUGUUAAGCAUCGACAAGCUCAAUGGCUCCUCACAAACCUCCUCUCUCAGAGAAGCAAGCAGCUGCAGCUAGGUACACUAAAACCCACAUACAGAAUCGGGCUCUCUGGACCACCAGGGGCUGGCAAGUCUACCUUCAUUGAGACCUUUGGGUUAGUCCUCAUUGAGUUUGGCUACAAAAUUGGGGUACUGGCUGUAGAUCCUUCGUCCUCUCGUACUGGGGGUUCAAUAAUGGGGGACAAGACGAGGAUGCCCCGCUUGACUAGAGAGCCUAAUGCCUACAUCCGGCCCUCUCCCUCAGGGGGUACUCUGGGUGGGGUCACCAGGAACACUAACGAGGCCAUCAUGCUUUGUGAGGGUGCUGGGUUUGAUGUCAUCCUGGUGGAAACGGUUGGAGUGGGUCAGUCAGAGACAGCUGUGUGUGACAUGGUGGAUAUGUUCGUACUCAUCAUACCACCUGCUGCAGGAGAUGAACUACAGGGUCUGAAGAAAGGUAUUGUUGAGCUGUGUGACUUGAUUCUCAUCAACAAGGCUGAUGGAGACUUGCUGCCAGCUGCCAGGAGAAUACAGGCCGAGUAUGUGAGCGCCUUGAAGCUGGUCAGGAGCAAACACAAAGAGUGGAAUCCAAAGGUAGUGAGGGUGUCAGCACUUCACGGUGACAACAUAGCUAAGUCCUGGGAAGUCAUGCAGAGCUACUUUAAAAAAAUGAUGGCAUGUGGAGAAUUCUAUACAAAGCGUAAACAACAACAAAGAAAGUGGUUGUGGAAUCACAUUGAUUGGGAGCUCGGAAACCGGUUUCGAUGUCACCCUGGGAUGGCCGGUCCCAUUGCUACCAUGGAGGGGAGGGUCAUGGCAGGAAGUAUGGCACCCGGAACAGCUGCUGAUGUACUCUUAGAUACAUUUAUCAAAUUGUGAUUUAUUAGCUAUAGUUCAAUGUCGUUGAUAUUGUGUGUCAUUCAAUAUUAUCAUAGAUAUAAUUAUAGAAAAGUAAGGUCUAUGAUUUAUAUCACUGAAAUACAAACAUACAACCAUUAUUU